UCCGCGCGGCUUAUCGUAACAAAGGUCACGGUACGUUUCAAAACGCGCGCCACGUAAAACCUGUUUCUAGAAUUCGUAGAAUUGGAAUUAAUUUAUUACACGGCGAUGUCGGCACACCUAUCGCGCACGUCCAUUGACAGUUACAUACGACCUUGUUAUUCUUUUAUCUAUAACCCAAACCCCGCUGUCAGAGUGCCAAAUUAUUUAUUCAUAAUGGAUACUACGCAGCGUGUUAGACUAUAGUCCAAAACCCGGGGCGUCGCGUAGGUUGUAUAAUAAGUACAUGGAAAUGAAUAAAUUUAAAACUCAAGCAGAGUGGUUUAUCGUAUCGAAGGUCACGGUACGUUUCAAAACGCGCGCUACGCGAGACCUGUAUCACCUAUGCCAUAACUAGAUGCAUAAAUACCAAAUCUUUCACUGUACCCAAUUCAGGAUCUCGCGAUCGUCCGACUACAAAAAAAAAUAGUCAAUAUCUAAUUUUUCGGUUUCUACCGCCGCUGCGACGUCGUGAUCGGUGUUGUCCGUUUACGCCGAUCGUAAGUAAACUCGUAGCCGUCAAAGUAGUAAUUGUAGUCGUAGUCGUCGUCGUCGUCGUCGGUGUCGUUGACGUCUCCGUCGUAGUGUAAAUCCCCGACCAUCGCGCGAGGUUGUUGACCUUGUCAAAAGCAAUACUGAUCGAUGAUACUUGUUAUUCAUAUGACCUCGGUUAAUAGACGUGUCUAUUACUACAUAGUCGGAUGAGCGGGCGUGGACCGAUAUGUGCGGCGCACAUUCGUGAAAUGCCACCUUGCUGUAUAAUGAGUACAUGGAAAUGAAUAAAUUUAAAGGUCAAGCCGAGUGGUUUAUCGUAUCGAAGGUCACGGUACGUUUCAAAACGCUCGGACCGCUGACGAUGACACGUAAAUUCAUUUUUCAUGCUAGGCCCCGUAUUCGAUGCGAUCACGAAAAAACCGAUUUGUGUGUCAUCGUCACGAACCAUUGCCGAUCGGACCGCUGACGACGACACGUAAAUUCUACACCGUAUACGGAACGUGCACGUGUUGUAAUCGUAUGCGUGUUUUGUAUAUAUACCGGUUGCGCUUAGCGGCUCCGCUCAGUGUAUCGCGAACAGCAUCCGAGUGCACGUCGAAAUUUCAACGUUCGAUAAAAUUCUAUCUUUUCUCUUGGCAAUUCACGCGUGCACAUGAAUACAAACACACACGCACAUAUUACAUCGCGUUUCAUCACCACAGAACGUAUAUUCGUAACAACUCUCCGAAGUUACGGUCCACAGAAGCGGUGGGACGAGUGUACGUUUGACCUAGUGUACGGAUGGCAUAGCUCCAGUGAUCCCGUAUGGGGUUCCGUGUUACGGGUACGUGUAAAAACUACCCGUCUCGCGCGUCACUUUUACGGUCUUACAACGUGUUCGUCUCUAACCCGGAUCCGAUCACGUUCGGUCGCUGUGAAGUCGUUGAAUGACAUACGAUUAUUCUGUUUUGAAACCAUAUCAUUUAUAUAUAUAUAUAUAUGUGUGUGUGACCGCUGACGAUGACACGUAAAUUCAUUUUUCAUGCUAGGCCCCGUAUUCGAUGCGAUCGCGAAAAACCGAUUUGUGUGUCAUCGUCACGAACCAUUGCCGAUCGGACCGCUGACGAUGACACGUAAAUUCACUUUUCAUGCUAGGCCCCGUAUUCGAUGCGAUCGCGAAAAACCGAUUUGUGUGUCAUCGUCACGAACCAUUGCCGAUCGGACCGCUGACGAUGACACGUAAAUUCACUUUUCAUGCUAGGUCCCGUAUUCGAUGCGAUCGCGAAAAACCGAUUUGUGUGUCAUCGUCACGAACCAUUGCCGAUCGGACCGCUGACGACGACACGUAAAUUCGCUGUUUACGAUAGAUGCCUCGGUAGUAAUUUCGGCGCAUGUACGUUUUGUUAUCGUCCGCGUGUUCCGUAUGUAAACCGUAUACGUAUCAUUAUAAGUAUACGAUCAUCUUACGGUAUGGGGAGAAUGUGGGUUGUUCAUGAGUCCACGCAACCGGAUUGGCUACAUCUCUAGGCGCGAGUGAUGAAAUUGACGAUACCGGCGACGACGUCAACGACUGCUAUAGUUCCCGACAUCAUUACGUACACAAACGACGAUUUCUGCUACCGCUGCGACAUCGACAUCGGUGUCUGUUCGUGGUCGACGUCACCAUCACCGUCGUAGUCUUACACUUAACGCCGUGCCGAACCGCGUGUGAAACCACGUUUAGUUGAUCAGUUGAUCGUGACCGGACCGUUAACGUCGACACUUUAAAAACGCGACACCGUAUACGGAACGUGCACGUGUUGUAAUCGUACACGCGUUUUGUAUAUAUACCGGUUGCGCGUGGCGGCUCCGCUCAGUGUAUCGCGAACAGCAUCCGAGUGCGCGUCGAAAUUUCAACGUUCGAUAAAAUUCUAUAUUUUCUCUUGUCAAUUCACGCGUGCACAUGAAUACAAACACACACGCACAUAUUACAUCGCGUUUCAUCACCACAGAACGUAUAUUCGUAACAACUCUCCGGAGUUACGGUCCACAGAAGCGGUGGGACGAGUGUACGUUUGACAUAGUGUACGGAUGGCAUAGCUCCAGUGAUCCCGUAUGGGGUUCCGUGUGAUGGGUACGUGUAAAAACUACCCGUCUCGCGCGUCACUUUUACGGUCUUACAACGCGUUCGUCUCUAAACCGGAUCCGAUCACGUUCGGUCGCUGUGAAGUCGUUGAAUGACAUACGAUUAUUCUGUUUUGAAACCGUAUUAUGAAUUUGUGUGUGUGUGUUUAUCCGCCGGGAUUAUCGUAUCGAAGGUCACGGUACGUUUCAAAACGCGCGCUACGCGAGACCUGUUUCUAAAUGUCGUAGAAUUGAACGAAAUGGUUCGUGACGAUGACACACAAAUCGGUUUUUCGCGAUCGCAUCGAAUACGGGGCCUAGCAUGAAAAUGAAUUUACGUGUCAUCGUCAGCGGUCCGAUCGGCAAUGGUUCGUGACGAUGACACACAAAUCGGUUUUUCGCGAUCGCAUCGAAUACGGGGCCUAGCAUGAAAAUUGAAUUUACGUGUCAUCGUCAGCGGUCCGAGCGUUUUGAAACGUACCGUGACCUUCGAUACGAUAAACCACUCGGCUUGACCUUUAAAUUUAUUCAUUUCCAUGUACUUACUAUACAGCAAGGUGGUAUUUCACGAAUGUGCGCCGCACAUAUCGGUCCACGCCCGCUCAUCCGACUAUGUAGUAAUAGACACGUCUAUUAACCGAGGUCAUAUGAAUAACAAGUAUCAUCGAUCAGUAUUGCUUUUGACAAGGUUAAUAACCUCGCGCGAUGGUCGUGGAUUUACACUACGACGGUGACGUCAACGACACCGACGACGACGACGACGACUACUACUACUACAAUAACUACUUUGAAAAAUUAGAUAUUGACUAGUCGGACGAUCGCGAGAUCCUAGAUUAUAGAUUUGGAUUUUCAAAAAGGCCAAAAAGUGUCACAAUCAACACUGCUCCUUUGUAGUACAUAACGAAAUUAUUAUUUCCUGCUCGAUGGGUAUACGACGUUCAGUUUAAGAUGAAAAUAACUCGACAACCUCAGUGGUGCGAUCACCCAUUUACCUUGAAGGACAAAGCAAUAUUGUUAUUUCCUGCUCGAUAGGUAUACUGUGUCCGGGUUAACAUGUGAAAUUAUUUGACGACCUUAGUGGUCCGUUCGCCUAUGGAUAUUGAAGGAUACGCGCACACACACACACACACUGUUCGCGCCACACGUCGACGUAUUCUCCGAUUAUUAUUAUGUUUGUCUACAAAUAAAAAGGUAUAUUUUCUGUUUAACAUUUAUAUUAUUUUGUACGGGGCCGUUGGCCAAAAUACGUUGCACAACCGCAUGAGAUUCGGUAUACAGUCGGUCGGCACACUGUCUGGUCGAUCGUCGCGAAUAAAACGCUGCAACGGGCACGUUUGACGUCGGGAGGCGUACAGGUGAGCUACUAACCUCCCGCCGACUGUAAAGGGCCGAAUCUAUGUACUGUGUCAUAAAUGUUCAUUACACCAAUAACGGUAUAAGGGCUCAUGGGCGAGCAAGGACAAAGCGUUCGGCGACCCGCGCGCUCUGCGCCGGAGGAGCCCGGGUCUGCACGCUGGCUAUGGUGCCACACUUUACAAAAACGGCCGGUCCCGCGUUCUAUGAUAAGACGGGGACGUGCCCACGCGCUUUAGCCAAUCACAAGCCAGCGAUUGCGUAUCUUCAGACGUCAACGAAUCACAGGCCACGGAGGGCGUAGUUACGACCACAAUCGAAGACAAGCUCGGGUGGCUUCGGCAACUUCAGCGAUUACACAACGCCGCCGUCUAUAAAUACCAGUGCGGAGCACAAAAUCAUUCAGUAUUCAGACUACCUCAACCGUAGCAAGACCUACCCAGGCAGACUUGCGCGGUUUUGGGAACUCUGAACGUACACGGCACCUGGCUGUAGCAAGACCCACCCGGGCAGACUUGCGCAGCUAAGGGACCAUUGCCUACGUGACGACUGCAGUAAGAUCCACCAAGGGCAGACUUGCGCAGUCGGACCGUAGGCAAUAACAUAGCCAAGCUACAAGAGCGAACGCCCGGCAACUAAUAGAGGAUACAGUCCACUCAACCAAGGCAGUGUACACAACAUUGGUCAUCUUCGAGCCGGAUCAGGAUGGCUGCCGAACUAAGAGAUCUCGUCAGUCGUCGGGGAGCAAUGAAGCGGCAGAUCACUGCCUUUCAGAAAUUCUUUGACAACGGCAACUUUUCAAAUCCAUCGACGAUCAUGGAACUAGGAAUGCGAACUACGAGGCUUGAAGCUGCUUACGGAGCCUUCCUCAACAGUCAAACGCGUAUAGAAAUAUUGGAUCCCCGUGAAGAACAACUAGAAGAACGCUUGGCUGUAGAAACAGCCUACUAUGAGACUAUUUCACCAGCUAUGGUUUUUCUCGAAUCUGCAAAAACAAAUCAAAGGAGAGCAAGCGAAGCCUCAAGCCGCCAAAGCUCUGCGGACAACAUGGGACGAUAUGACACCCAAUCAGCUAUAAGACUGCCGCCAAUCUCACUGCCGGAAUUCAACGGAGAUUACAAACAGUGGCUGAGCUACAGGGACACGUUUGAAUCACUUGUUCAUAGCAACAACCACCUUCCGGAUAUCCAAAAAUUGCACUAUCUCAAAUCUUCAUUGAAAAACGAGGCGGCUCAAGUCAUUGAGUCCUUGGAAACUUCAUCUGCGAACUAUUUGUCAGCUUGGGAACAGUUACGCGAACGAUAUGACAACAAUCGAAAAAUGGUCGGAAUCCACUUCCAUGCAGUAUGCAGUAUGUCACCAAUAGCAAUAGCAUCGUCAGUUAAUUUGAGAAGGCAUCGGAACGGUUUAAAUAGUCAUCUACGAGCCUUGAAGGCUCUCAAGCUUCCGGUAGAACAUUGGGAUGCCCUGGUCAUUCACCUAAUGGUAGAAAAAUUGGACGUGGAAUCACACCGUCUGUGGGAAUCUAGCCGCUCCAGCGACUCACUUCCUUCAAUGCAAGAUUAUCUGAUAUUCUUGAAUCAACGAUGCCUGAUUCUGGAGUCCAUUGAAACAAGAUCAAGCUACUGUCAAGCAGCGCGACCAACCUCAUAUGACGACAACACUAAUCAGUACGCACCAAAAAAGCGAUCCUACACCACCGCCUUCGCCACAACUGACAAGUCAAUCUCAUCAUGUACAACAUGCAGUGGCGGCCAACACCCGUUGUACGCUUGCCGAGGGUUCCUGGGAAUGACCAUCAGCGUACGCAGAGAACACGUGCGUUCAAAACGACUAUGCUACAACUGCCUCCGCCCGGAUCACGCAGCUAGGCACUGUUCGAUAACGUUACACCAUGGGCUCGUUACGUUUUCCGUGUCCGAUGUUUCAAGAUCGUCGACGGGCAUCCGGUCGAAAUAAUCGAAGACGCUGACGUCGUGCAGACAAAAGUCGUCGUCUUCAACACCGUCCGUGAGCCAAGGUAAACGUUUUUUAGCAUUCGAAGUGAUAGAUGUGUUCUCCAACACGCAAAACUGCUCGAAACGAUUCAAUUCGUGUAAAAACAAAUUCGCCCACUGUACCGGCGCCAACGCUGGACCUUUGCGCACCAGGGCGGGUCCCAACGCGUACGACAGGUAAUUGUGGCCCAACACGAAUAACAGUUUCAAUGUCGUCUUAUCGAUAUUGAACCGCGUUUUCGGUGUUCUACUCAACAUGUUCGCCGUCAACAGUAUUGCCCGUUUAAAACUCUUUGUCAACCUUCUUCGAGUACACAAACGGUAUUAACUUGGCCUCGUACCAGUCAAUAUAAUUUUUCGUAUGUAGUUCAAAAAAGUCUUCUUGCAUUUCAUGAUCAAACCUGUCGAGUCUACUAUACACACCGGUCUUGACCAAAUACAGUCCAAACCAAUACGCUGGUAUCAUAAACAGGUUAUCGAUUUUAAUGCAGAGUUUCAAAGGAACGUCCGAUUCUCGGUUGAAAAACCGGCUCAGCAAUCGAAACACGUCCAUUUUCGUAAACACGGCCGUAUGCUUUGUGUACGUGUCGUUCGGCGAGCGCAUGGUUUCGAAAAAUUUACUCCGCCGUUCCUUGUCGCCAAA